CUCCACGAGCAUGCAGCCUACUUGGUGGACAGCCUGUGGGACUGUGCCGGGCCAAGGCUGCGGGACUGGGAGACCAUCAGCGCUUUGCUGCUGGAGGAGUCGCCUGCUGAGGGUAUGGCACCAUCAGGAGACACUGGAACAUGCUGCGACACCACGGAGGCAUCACUGAGAGACAGCCUGGGAGACAGGCAGGAGAAGGCACUGGUGGAGAUCCUGGCAGCCAGCGUGGUCCAGGCAGCCGAGGGGCAGCCCCCGGUGGGCCGUGGACCAGCCAAGAAGCCCUCGGCCCGUGAGCGGAAGAUGCAGGUGGAGGAGAGAACCCGGCUCACCCACUGCCUUGUCCCGGCCCUGCCCCAGCUGCUGGCCAAGUUCUCGGCCGAUGCUGAGAAGGCGGCUCUGCUCCUUGAGGUGCCGCGCUGUUUCGACCUCAGCAUCUACUGCACCGGGCGACUGGAGAAGCACCUGGAGCUGGUGCUGGCGCAGCUGCAGGAGGUGGUGGAGAAGCACACGGGGCAGGCGGUGCUGGAGGCCGCGUCCCGCACGCUCCACGUGCUCUGUGACCCCGAGCUCACCCUGCAUGGCCAUGGGGACCUGGUGCGCAGCCGCCUGGCCGACCAGCUGGCUGACAAGUUCCACCAGGAGGUGGCCGAGCUGCUCCAGGCCUCGUCCCUGGACGAGGAGGAGGUGUACAGCAUGGCGGCCACACUGAAGAGGAUCUCAGCCCUGUUCAACGCCCACGACCUGACGCUGUGGCAGUUGUUUGAGCCCUGCGCCCAGCUCGUGCAGCACACUGUGGACACAGGCGAGGUGCCCCCGCAGGUCCUUGUCCCCGCUAUCACCUGCCUCCACUUCCACGUCCUCUGGGAGCUCUCACACCUGCCCAGUACCAACAUCCCUCAGGAGCAGCUGCAAAGCCUGAAAACCAGAGUCGUCACCUGCUGCUCGCUGUGCCAGAGCUGCCUGUCUGACAUGGACGCUGGCGUCCAGCAGCAGGCCUUCGUGGUGCUCAGCGACCUGCUGCUGGUGUUCGGGCCCCAGCUGCCACAGGAUGGGCGGGAGGCGCUGGCCCCGCUGGUGCUGCUGCCCGACGCGGGGCUGCAGUCCCAGCUGGCCGCCUUCCUCAUGGACCACGUCUUCCACCACGCCUGCAGCCACGAGGAGCUCUCGGCCACGGAGGAUGGCGAGAGCCGCAUCGAGGAGCUGCACCAGCGUCGGGUGCUUCUGGCCGGCUUCUGCAAGCUCAUCAUCUACAGCGUGCUGGAGCUCAGCGCUGCCUCCGACGUCUUCAAGCACUACGCCAAGUUUUACAGCGACUAUGGGGACAUCAUCAAAGAGACGCUGAAGUGCACCCGGCAGAUCGACCAGCAGGAGUGGGCUCGCACCCUGCUGCUGAGCUUACAGCAG